UGCGGCGUGGCAAUGAGCUGUGUUCCUCGGACACAGUGGAUCACCAAUCCAUGGAAAGAGCCGAAGAUGUCGGCUCGGUCAUGUGAUCAGCUGUGUCCAAUCACAGCUGAUCGCAUAGGGGACAUGUACACAGAUCACCAGGGCACUAAUAAUCAGUGUGCCCUGAUGAUCUGUGUAGCCCCAGCAGUGCCACCUGUCAGUGUCCAUCAGUGCCAGCUGUCAGUGCUCAUCCAUGCCACCUGCCAGUGCACAUCAGUGCUUCAUCAAUGCCACAUUUCAGUGCCUACCAGUGAACAUCAAUGCCACAUAUCAGUGCCCAUCUGAGCUGCCUUUCAGUGUCACCCAUCAGUGCCAGUCAGUGCCACCUAUCAAUGCCAGUCAGUGCCACCUAUCAGUGCUGCCAAUCAGUGCCGUCUAUCAGUGCCAGUCAGUGCUGCCUAUCAGUGCCAGUCAGUGCCACCUAUCAGUGCGCAUCAUCAGUGCCGCCUAUCAGUGCCUCAUCUGUGCUGCCUAUCAGUGUGCAUCAGUGCCGUCUAUCAGUGCCACCUAACGGUGCCAGCCAGUGCCACCUAUCAGUGCCAGUCAGUGUCACCUAUCAGUGCCAUAUAUGAGUGCUGCCUUUCAGUGCCCAUCAGUGAUG